GUAAUUGUCACAUACCACCGCAUCGUGUUAUCACAAUUGCUUGUUGUUCCACAGUCGCUCGAAGAAACACGUUUCGUAACUUUCCCAGCAAAAUGCUAUCUCCAGGCGUUAAGGAAAGAAUUGGAGUUGUCUUUGAGGUGGUGAAAACUUCCUUUCACUGGGGUUUCAUUCCGACGCUGUUGUAUUUAGGAUUCCGCAAAGGAUCAGAACCCGGCAUGCCUCCGUUACAAUUAGCCAAUUUACUAUGGUAGUCAGUGUUGAAGCAGCAACAUCGUAUAAUCCCGAGUGUAUGAUUUAACAUGGGAAUAAAUCACUAUUUGCUGUGGAAGAAGUAAAAACAA